AUGGCAACAGGCUUGAAGUUUGCCUUGACCAACGAAUUGCAUCCCGAGGGUCCGGGGCGUUUCACCCCUCUCCAUGGAAAUAAGAGUGGUGCCAUUCCCGUCUUGGUCGUUUACUUUAGACCCUGCUGUCGCAUCAUCGAAUCCCUAAAAGGCGUCAUUAUGCUAGGAGAAAUGAAUUGCGGCUCGUCGGGCUUUUCUUGGGGUCGCGAAGUGAAUGCCAUAUCGUAUCGCCUUGUCAUUCUCUCACGUAAGAGCGUUCCACCAUUUGCGCAUUGCUCUGUUUUCAUUUCAUUUUGUGAAUCCCGGGGAGUUCGGGGAUUCUUCUCCAGGACGUGA